AGGGCUGGUCUCGACAGCCGAGGAGGGGGUCCUGUUGUCAGUCGUCAGGGCUGCGUGUGUCCGUGUGCGUGUGUGCUUUUGUCCAGGAGAAAUGGCUGGGAUUAAGGCUCUCAUUAGCCUGUCCUUCGGAGGGGCCAUUGGCCUCAUGUUCCUCAUGCUAGGAUGUGCCCUCCCUGUGUACGACGAAUACUGGCCUUUGUUCCUCCUCUUCUUCUACAUCCUCUCUCCAAUUCCUUAUUGCAUCUCGCGGAGGGUGGUCGAUGACACAGACUCGGCCAGUAACGCCUGCAAAGAGCUGGCCAUUUUCCUCACGACAGGCAUUGUCAUUUCAGCCUUUGGCCUGCCCAUCAUCUUUGCAAGAGCCGCAUUAAUCAAAUGGGGGGCGUGUGCGCUCGUGCUAACGGGUAACAUAGUCAUCUUCGGGACCAUCCUGGGCUUCUUCCUCGUCUUCGGAUCCAACGAUGACUUCAGCUGGCAGCAGUGGUAAAACAGCAGAGGGAGGGGGAGACCUUAGUCUGAACUGUUUCUAAUAGGCAUUAUUACUAUGGUAUUACUGUUUGGUUCUUGUUGUUGUUAAGUACAUCAUGACCGCCCAUCCGUAGACUGACACCAAACCAGUGCAAUGCUUUUUUUUUACUGCCAGCAUCAUAUUGAACUGACACAAGUGGGAUGGAAAAUGCUGACUGUCAGCUGGAUUUGUCCUCAUUUUAAGUUUUGCUCUUUGACAUCUGUGCUGUCAGUUUUCUCCUUCUGUGUGUCUGCUUUCAUUUUGAGCAUCGUCAGUCAAACAGUGGUGAAUAACUGCUUGUGUUAUCUGUGAAAAUAUGUGAAUUAAAUCUAAUUAAGAUUUAACCUGACCAGAAGCACAGGCUCAAACCCAUCUGGGCCCCAUUCUCUAUUUAGCAGACACUGGAAGACACUUCUUCUAUAAUGAGAGGACAGAUGGAGUUCCAGACUUAAGUGCUGAGCUGAGUGUAAAUCAGCAGAAAAAUGAUGGAAGCUUUGCACAAUGUAAGCUCACAUUUCACUCCCACCCCCACCCCCCAUUUUACAUGAUACUUAUUGGAUUGAAACUGUGUUUUGUCACAUUAAGGGUGAAGAUUCAGCUGAUAGAGGGCAGAUAUUUGCCAGCUCUUUGCUGAUGUAAUGCUAAAAUCACUAAGCUAUGAAACUUGAUAAGUCUAGAAGAUCAGUCUGCAUUUGCGAAAUAACGGGGCCGUUACUCCCACCACCUCCACUCCUGUUUCAAACCGAUGUGUAAAUAUGAUUUAAAUUAUUUGCCUUUCCAUCACUGUGUUGUUUCUUUUUGUUUCUCAUUACACAAACACACACACACACCCUGACCAUCUUGGCAGAGAUCAAAUUAAACUGACUUGGUGAUUUCCCAGGUGUCAACUGGAUGGACCCUGCUUAUUCAUCAUGUUUGUUUGCAUUUUAUAGCUCUUACCUCACUGUAUGGAUGAGUUAGCCUCACCUUGUCAGGUCAGGAUAGCAUGGCUGCCAGCUAACGUAGACUUAGCUUGAGGACAGCAGUCAAGCUAUAGUAAGACCUGGGCCCUGGUCAGUCACUGAUGGCCCUUAAGCUUUUAAAUGACUGCGCUGCUUUGACUCCUUCAAAGUAAAAGAAUCCCCACACUAUGCUUAAGCACAUUAGGUUCAUCUUUGGCAUUUGUGCCAGCGUAUGUCCUCACACACCAGCAUUCCCAAGAGAAAAAAAAACACAUGCAUUUCACAAUUACUUUGGAUUUUGAAGUUUCUCUGUUCUCUGGAUUGUGUGAAGGAAGUUUUGUGUGUUGGUUUGUGUAACGUGUGGCAGCUCCUGGAUCAGCACUCCUGUUAACUGCAUUACAGGUAGUUAAACAAGGGAAGAAUGAGGCGUCUGCUGCCUUGUUGAAGCACUGGUGUGUUGUGGUGGUGGGCUGAGCGGUGGACAUUUCCUUUUAGUCGUUUAAUUUUCUUUCUGUUUGAAAAUGUGCUCUCUGGAAGAUGAAUAUAAUUUUUUAGGUUUUAAAAGGUUUAUUUUAAGAAUAAAAUGUUUGAGUCAUGUUUUUGAAGACCAGCCCAGAAAGCUCAAAACACUGACCGAUGCCCCACAGGUCUCGUACGCUAUCUGUUACUCGACUCUUCCAGAGAUCACAACCUCGGUGAAGCUGACUAUAUUAAAAGCAGCACAAUGAUGCAGCUUUUUAGUUUCUGUUAAAGAAGUUAAUGCUGAAAACUACUGACGUGAUUUGUGAAUAUUUUUAUGUAACAAUACUUUGAAGUUAAUUCAAUAUGUGCUUUGCAGUAGUUUUUCCAGUUUGUGGUAGUCUGUAAUCCUGUCUGUGGUGGGACAAGCAGGGUAACUACACUGUUCCUGAGGUGUGAAUGUCUGUAUGAGUUUUAAGCUAAAUUUCUCAAAAGUUCUCAGUUUUGUUGUCAGUUAACUCCCUGAUGUGACAGUGUCUGGUGUGUAGCUGUGGGAUGGGUUUCUCUGUUUCUUGUUCAGUUUCUUCUAAAAGGGUUGUUACUUUUCUCUCACAAAUUUGGGGGAAUAUUGUAUUUAUUUAUUUUAUCAGAUGCUUCGUGUCAAUGUCCAACACCAUUUUCUAUCUCCGCCUUUUGUGUUAACAAGGCACAAGUCAGCAUGGUGGUUUUCUUUUUUUAAAUAAAUACUGAUUUUGAACAUC